AUGGCACGUUUCAAGUUUGGAAAGAAAAAGAAGAGCCAUACAGACGAAUCCUCUGAUCUCUCGUCAAUGGACCAACAUCUGAUUGAAGAUCAUCAUCAUCAACAACAACAACAUUAUCAACAUUAUUUACCUUCAAUUGGAAAACAUUCACAACAAGAUCAAUUGCCUCUUCAAACCGUUCAACAAGCUGGAAGAAACGUUGCAAUCACUCCUCAACUUCAACAACAAAGUUUUGCUUCGCCCAAAUCGUUUAAUUCUCCGGGUCUCGAAAGACAGAAACCCCCAGAAGCUCCAAUGAAUAGAACAGCUUCAAACGGAGGGUUUCCUCCUCCAGGGACCCACGCCGGUCGGUCUCUUGAAAAUCUACCCCACGGAAGUAAUAAUAACAAUUUUAGCUCAAGACAGUCGUUUGAUAAUGGCGUGUCAAAAGCUCCAGGCUAUCACAAUGAACAACCAAAUGGUAACAGUAAUGGUAGCGGUAUGGGGAAUGCCUCUGGAAAAGGUGGCGGUGCACCACUCCCACCACCACCACCACCCGAACAACAAUUGCAACAACAACUGCCUGAACCUUUUGGUAUUCAACAAGCUUAUCAAGCACAGCCUCCAAACCCUAAUUCUUGCUGGGAAAGGUACAAGCUCUUCAACUCCCCGUUCCCAAGAUACAGACACGCAGCCUCUUCUAUUGCCAGUGAAAAGGGUGAAGUAUUUGUUAUGGGUGGGUUGAAGAAAGGUGAAGUGUUUGGUGAUACCUGGAAAAUCGUCCCCCAAGAAGACCCGGCCCAACAUAGAGUUCUAGGAUAUGUUGCUAAGAACACUGAAGUCAGCAAUAAAAACAAUCCUCCUGCGAGAGUUGGCCAUUCAGUGGUGUUAUGUGGUAAUGCUUUCAUUGUAUUUGGUGGUGAUACCGUAGACACUGAUGAGAAGGGGUUUCCAGAUAACAACUUUUACUUAUUUAACAUCAACAACAACAAGUAUACAAUUCCUGCUCAUAUUUUGAACAAGCCUUGUGGUAGAUAUGGCCAUGCUUUGGGGACAAGUUCAUUGAACAAUUCAAGCCCCAGACUCUACUUGUUUGGAGGUCAAUUGGAGAAUAAUGUUUUCGACGAUAUGUACUACUUUGAAUUGAACUAUUUCAAGUCUCAGGAUGCUACAUGGAAGUUGGUUAACCCUUUGAACAAUUUUAAACCUCCUCCUUUGACUAACCAUUCCUUGUCGGUUUACAAGAAUAAGAUCUAUGUGUUUGGUGGUGUUUACAAUAAUGAGAGAGUUUCCAAUGAUCUAUGGUGUUUUGAUGUCUUAGUUGAAAAAUGGACCCAAGUUCCAACCACGGGUAACGUUCCACUUCCUGUGAAUGAACAUUCAGCUUGUAUUUGUGGAGAGAAAUUGUUUAUCUUUGGGGGGAACGAUUUCUCAGGUGUCAUUUAUGAUUCCUUAUAUGUUUUAGACUUGCACACAUUUGUGUGGUCCAAACUUACCUUGGAGGGUGAAAAGAAUGGUCCUGGUCCAAGAUGUGGUCAUUCAAUGACAUACAUUUCCAAGUACAAUCGAAUUUUAAUCAUGGGAGGUGAAAAGAAUGAUUAUGUCUCUGAAGAUCCAAAUGAUUUCCAAGCUUAUGAAGAAGCUGAUGAUGAACCAGUUGGUACUAUGAUUUAUGAAUUGAAUCUUGAUAAUUUGGAUCGGUUUUUACUGUCUAAUCCUAUGCCUACAAAGUCAAGAAAUGAAAUCCAUUCAACUUUGGUACCAGGCCCUCCACCUUAUACUACUAAGAAAAUGGCUGCUUCUGCUGCUGCAGCCUCUUCUGCUGUGUACGGUAACUCCAAUGAGUCUCAGCUGUCACAUGGAAGAAAUGCUUCCGAAGACUUCAGAACUCCUAACGCAUCUCCUAUACCUCAACAUGCAGCAACACAUAUGAUGACCCCACAACAACCUGAUAUUUCCCAAAUACAUCCACAGGUAUCUCCUCCUCCACCUCAACUGGUGGAAUCAGGCUAUCUAGAUUCCAGAUUGGUGGACUCUAAGACUCGGGAUAUCGAUCCAUAUGACAACCAGAAGGACAACUUUGCCCAACCACCACCUCAAGAUUUCGUUGAUGUUGUACUUAAUUCUUCUGAAGCCACUUCUGUAGCAGAUGCAGAUGUCACACUUAGACAUGACUCUGUAAAUGAAGUGCCAAAUGUUGUCGAAGAAGCACAUAGAGAAGGGAAUAAGACAAAGUUAUCACCAACCAAGAAUGCUUACCGUGCUUCUUCCGACACAGAGACUGAAACGGAAGACGAAAUGGAAAAUGACUACCCUAGUCAUGUGAACAAGCCAGCUGAAGUCGAAAAAAAUUCAUCUCAUACUGCUCCCCCUGCUAAUAACAGUCCCAUCAUUUCUAGUGGGCCUGGACCUGUGCCUAUCGAAGGGUCCAGGUCCAUCAGACAAGCGGAUUAUAAUGAUCCAAUGAGUACACCCAAAAUGUCUGGAGUCGAGGCUAAUGCUGUUAAGAAGUUGAUAGCUGAGUUGACAUCGGAAUUGACUCAAUUAAAGCACUCUACAAAGGUUCAAAUGCAAGAAGCCACAGAGAAGAUUGUUGGUUUGGAAAAGGAACGGGAUGAGUUGAAGCAGUCGGCACAGGCUCACCAGAGUGAAUUGAAGCAAAGAGAUUCGAUCAUCAAAGAUUUGAAAGAAACUGUUGAUCCCAAAUCAUUGGUUGUUAAUGAUUAUGACGAACCUUCCAAUAGAAAUAUCAAUGACGUUUCCUUGAAACCAAAGGUCAGUGAGUUGACCAAAUUUAAGCUUUCCAAUUUGGAGUUGAAUAAUAAAUUGGUGUAUUUGGAACAUGAAAAUAAGACAUUGAAUGACAAAAUGGUUAAGUUUGAACCCUUUAUGAAGCAUCAAAUUGCUGAGUUAUCUACGUUUCAAAAGAUUAUCAAGAACCAAGAGGAGAAGAUUGCAUCUUUGACUGAAACCGUAAAGGAUCAAGAAUCCUUACACAAAUCAGUUAAUGAAUGGAAGAGUAAAUAUGAAGAUUUACAAUUGGAAUUCAACAAUUUCAAGGCCAUUCACGAAGAACGUGAAAUCGAAGUCGAUGAUGAUUUCAUAACCGAUGCCAAUAAUAACGAUUUGGGAAGCGAUAAUGAUGUCACCAAUAGAUCUUUGAUGUCUACAGUUAGCAAGCGUACCAAGAAGGAUAUCUCUUUGCAAUUGGAAUCUUUGGUGAAUCUUUGGUCUGUUGCCAGUGGAACAGAUGGAACAUCUGUGGAUAAAACUGUUGAUUCUGUUGCCAUAUCCAAAGGUGAAGUUGUGACCAAAUUGCAAACGCAAAUUGAUGAUUUAUUGAGAGUUAGUAAGAACAAUGAAGAGAAAUAUCAAAGUGAAAUCAAUACGCUCAAACAAGAGUUGUACACCAAACAAGAUUCACUCAAGCAAAUCGAAGAAAACUAUAGAGAGGCCAUUCAAUCAGUUAACAAUACAAGUAAGGCCUUAAAGAUGAACCAGGAAGAAUCCAAUUCUCAAAGGGCUCUUCUUGAUAAAUUAACCAGGGAGAAUAACGAAUUGAAACUUUUUAAGAAGGCAAGUAAGAGAGUUAGUUCCAGAGGUGGGUUUGCUGAUGUUCCCCAAGAAAAGGGUAUUCUGACCAUUGACGAAGAUGAUGAAGAUGCCGAUGAACAUGAAAGAAUUGCCACUGCUCAUUACACCAUGAAGAUCAAGGAUUUGGAGGCCGAUUUAUACAUUUUGAAACAAGAAAGAGAUCAGUUGAAAGAUAAUGUUACUCAGUUACAGAAACAACUUUAUCUUGCUGGAAAUCAUGAAUAA